GUGACGUUCUGUUAAUGUAGUAUUAGUUAGUGUGGGACAUUUGCAGGGAUCGACAGCGGCGCACGAGUCAGUGCCGAACGCGGGAGAUUCAACACGUAUAGAGAAGGUCCUAAGCCCCCAAAAUGGAGCCGAAAGCGCCCGGAAUGAAGUACCUGCCACUACUGGUGUUCCAGCUUGUACUGGCGGCACUUUUCUUCGUCUUCGUCAAGUAUGACGGCGAUAACCAUCACCAACUUCGAGGUUUCGAAGACACCCACGUGAUGAUCUACAUCGGCUUCGGGUUCCUGAUGACGUUCCUGAAGAAGUACUGCUACAGUGCGCUCGGCUUCAACUGGCUCCUCGCAGCUUUGGUGGCUCAGUGGUCCCUUCUUACCCAGGGGUGGUUCAAUAUGAAGGACAUGGUUAUACCGCUUAACAAGGAGACUAUAAUCGAGGCUGACAUAAUGGCGGCAACCAUUCUCAUAACCUUCGGAGCGCUCCUGGGCGUCGCCAGCGGUGGCCAGCUCCUCUUCAUCGCGAUCGUGGAGACCGCCAUCGCUAGCGCCAACAUUUACCUCGUCACCAGCGUUUUUCAGGCGGCGGACGUUGGUGGCUCGAUCGCCAUCCACUCCUUCGGAGCUUACUUCGGCUUGGGGGUGAGCCUCGCCCUCAAAUCCAAGAGGGUUGAGGGCCAAGCGGAGAAAAAUGUGCUUAACGCGCCUACUUACAUAUCGGACGUUACUGCUAUGAUAGGUUCGAUAUUCCUGUACAUCUACUGGCCGUCUUUCAACUCGGCGCUCACGGGCACCGACGAGGAGUACCAACGGGCAGUCACCAAUACUUACCUCUCGCUCGCAUCUUGUACUGUGGUUACUUUCAUCCUAUCCUCAAUCUUGAACCAUGAGCCAGGGAAGUUCGAUAUGGUCCACAUUCAGAACUCGACGCUGGCUGGUGGCGUUGCUGUCGGCUCGGUGUGCAACAUGCACGUUCAGGCUGGAGGGGCCAUACUUAUCGGUAUCGGAGCCGCGACCAUCAGCGUGCUGGGCUAUAGGUUCCUUACGCCUAAGUUAGAGAAACUAGGCCUACUGGAUACAUGCGGUGUGCACAACCUCCACGGCAUGCCGGGCGUGUAUUCCGGCCUACUGUCAGUUCUGUUCGCUGCGCUCGCCACCUCCAGUACUUACGGCGAAACUGGUCUACACAGCGUUUUUGGAGCUAUGAAGGACGGUAGGACAGCCAAGGAACAAGCUCUCUACCAACUCGCCGCCGUCGGCGCGACGCUUGCUAUCUCCUUUGUGAGUGGAAUAGUCACUGGUUUUAUAGCGAAGUUGAAGAUGUUUUCUCCACUGGAAGAGAAAGACAAAUACAACGAUGAACUCAACUGGGAACUCCCCUAAUGGCAUUAGCUGUGAUCACGAGAUAUUUUGUAAGAUUGCAUAUUUAUUUACAACGAAACUACCGCGAAAAAGAAAA